AUGCACACAUUGUUUCUGUACGGCUACGCUGGCGCUACGAUCGGGAUGGCCAUUUCGAUGCUGUACUUCGGAAUGCACACCAUCAACCAGCGUCGUCUUCAGCAUCUGGUACUGAACAGUAGCGGCGUUUUACAUCAUCUCUACGCGUUUCAAAGGAUGCGUCCGCUGACCCGCAAGUACGUCAACGCUUACCGAACGAAGCUGGUCCACCGACGGUUGCUGAAGAAGAUCAAUCAACUUCGUCCGAGGAUUGCGCUCCACACCGAGAUGCCCCGCUGGCAGCUAGUCUCGUCGUUUCAUCACCAGCAACAGUACCACCAUCAGCAGCACGGACAGCGGGCCGGGCAUGGGAGCCGUCAGGAUACUCCGCCCCAGCAUCGACGCCAUGCUCGGGGCGGACAGCAUCAUCAUCAGCCGACCGGCGGAACGGUCCCGAACGGAUGGCGUAGGACGCUGGUGCAAGAGACGGAUACGAGGCGAGCAUCGGCGGGGAGUGCAUCAUCUCGUCCUGUGAACCGAAUGCUCACGCGACACGUCAUCAGUUCGGGCGGAAGUCGUGGGUUGAACAGCACGAGCAAAAACGUGUGUACCCUUCACGUGUCCCGCAAGUCGCUGGUGAACACGUCCUACCAACCCUGCACCGAUCUGGCAUCCUGUUUCGGCAUGCGCCCCUACAGCUACUCGGCAAAGCGGGAAGUUUGUUGCCGCGGCUGGGAAACGGCGACCACCGUUUCGGAAGGAUGCUUCAAGCCCGUUUGCCAAACGAAUUGUCGUAAUGGCGGCCAGUGCACGGCACCGGAUCGUUGCUCGUGCCCGAAAGGUUUCACCGGUGCCCUCUGCGAGCUGGACGUGAACGAGUGUAAGGAGCAUAAACCGUGCGAUCAGAUCUGCUACAAUACCGAAGGCUCGUACUACUGCGCGUGCCGCGAUGGUUUUAUGCUGCACAGCGAUCGCCAAAGUUGCCGCAAGAUCGACGAAACGAACGAUAUCGCCACGGAGGCACGUGAUAUGGAAAACGACGUAGAUUACGAUAGUCUCGACACGCGGUUAACGAAACUCGAACAGAUGAUUUCCCGCGAGGAAAGGAGGUCGUUCAGUGAGAAACAGGAGCUCAACAAGAAGGUCCAGUACGCGAUGGACGCCGUGUCGGUGCUAAAGUCGCAGAUGGCCCGACUGACGCAACGGAUUUAUCCCUCGACGGAGUACGGAAAGCGGUCUCUCUGAGAACGGCUCCGGCUAACCAGCCAUCCACCGGCAAGCUAUGGCUUAGAAUGAAAGUCUUACAUUUAUUGUCCUUAAAAUGCUACAACUCAAUCGGGAUGCCUGUGUUCGUAUGUGUGCGUGUA